AUGUUCUUCUCUUCAUCGAGGAAACAGAACGAAACGGACUCGGCCUCUGCCGCUUCUCCGUCAGGAAAGCAGACACCAUCAUCAACAGACUCAUCAGGUAUUGUAGGUAUUCUCUUGUUUAAUCCAACACUUCUUCCUGAGGAAUACGAGCAACAAGAAGACGAAGGAUCUUCUCCUUCCGAUUCAAAAGGAUCAGAGGAUAAUGAGGAGGAAGAAACAGGAACGUAUGAUGGUCUAACGAAGGAGGAAAGGGAACAAGAGGCAAAAAUUGUCUUCAGUUAUCCAUCAGAUAGGGAACCAGAGGAAAGAAGAUGUCAGGCAGGGCUAAUCGAGGGUUUAUUGAUGUUUAUAAAGUAA